GAGUCCAUACCAUAUAAGUAUAUCAUAAUCAAGCAUGACAAACCAGAGAAGAUAUACUGGGAGCAUUAUAUGAAAAAUUAUAAAGCUGGUGAAGGCUACGAUCGUGAUCUCUCUGUUACUUUGAAGCUGAAAAGGAUAGACCUCUGGCAUCAGUUUGAUGGUUUUGUGGAACACGAACCAAAGUCAUGGAAGGACAAAUUCUUUGACUACUUUAAAUGGAAGAAGGACGACUUCAUCAAGCAUGCAGAGAAGGCUUUUUAUAUAUUUUUCCCAGACCUCAUUGAAAAUGAUAAAAACUACCUUUCGAUAGAUGAUAUUGUUCUCCAACUUAGAAUGCUGACAGAAUGUAUGAGGAAGAUCUAUUAUGUUGAUGGAAAAUGCUGGCUGGACUUCAAAGAGUUUUCAAAUUGUAUGGGGAGCUAUAUAGUGUCCUAUUUUAUGAAACAAUGUAACCUCAAGGAGCUACAAACAUCAGAAACAAGAGAGAAAAAAGAGCGAGCAACACUUUUAAGCAUGUACUUUCUGUAUAUUAUGAAAGCAUUGGAGCUUGGUCUGCCUGACAAAAAAAGUGUGCUCACAAUUUCCAAGGCCAUGCUGCUUGAAGUAAAUACAGACAAAAAGGAAUGCCCUGACCUUUGUUUAGUGGACAAAUACUUUUCUGGGAAAAGAGAGAUUUUACUUGAAGCAAUUACAUUAUUUAUAAGAAGUAUUGCCAAGACAACCAAAGAUCCAUGUUGGCUUACGAUAAUGCCAUGGUGUCAUUUUUUGUCGGGACAGUGUUCACCUUUUGAAAUACCACCAAUGGAUAUCAAACAUGAUGAGGGUAAACCUGUCUGGUGGGGUGUUGCAGAAAUUAAGACAAAUCUGGAUUAUUUCAAAGGGAAGUCAGAGAAAUGGUCAAUGUAAGAUUUUAUACUUCUAUUUAUGCCCACUUUCAAUGAAAUGAACUUAUGCUAUUUUGCAUCUGUUGUUCCAUCAAAAGAGCAUACCUUGUCUGAC